AUGGCUGUCGCGCAUAAGGUGAAGGAGGCGGAAAUCACCGAGCAGGAUUCGCUUCUGCUGACGAGAAAUCUGAUGAGGAUAGCGAUUUUCAAUAUCAGCUAUAUCAGAGGCUUGUUUCCAGAGAAGUAUUUCACCGAUAAGAACGUUCCUGCUUUAGAGAUGAAGAUCAAGAAGUUGAUGCCUAUGGAUGCUGAAUCUCGUCGACUGAUUGACUGGAUGGAGAAAGGUGUCUACGAUGCAUUACAGAAGAAAUACCUCAAGAUGCUUUUGUUCUGUGUAUGCGAGGCAAUAGACGGACCGAUGAUAGAGGAGUACUCAUUUUCCUUCAGUUACUCUGAUUCUGAUAGUCAAGAGGUCUCCAUGAACAUCAACCGCAUUGGAAACAAGAAAAAGGGAGGAAGCUUCAAGUGUAACUCUGUGACGGAAUGCACUCCUAACCAGAUGAGGAGUUCGGCUUGUAAAAUGGUGCGCACUCUUGUUCAGUUGAUGAGAACUCUUGACAAGAUGCCUGAAGAGCGCACCAUACUGAUGAAACUCCUCUACUAUGAUGAUAUCACGCCUCCAGACUAUGAGCCGCCAUUCUUUAGGGAGUGCUCAGAGGAAGAUGCUCACAAUCCAUGGACUAAAAGCCCUCUGAGGAUGGAGGUUGGAAAUGUCAACAGCAAGCAUUUUGUGUUGGCACUCAAGGUAAAGAGUGUGCUCGAUCCAUGCGACGAUGGAAAUGAGGACAUGGAAGAAAAUGCUGUGAACUUAGGAGCUGAUUCUGAUCCAGGCGAGGACUCUUCAAAUGGCUCUGACAGUGAGGAUAAUGAAUCAGAAGACCGAUUCAUAGUAGCACCAGCAGGCAAGCAGAAGCAAACAGAAAUAGAUUCUGGCAUCCCUGAUCAAGAUGAUACUCAGGAUCCGGAGGAAGAUGAACAGCAACUUGCUAGGGUGAAGGACUGGGUUAAUAGUUACCAUCGUGAUACCAUUGAACUAACUGAUAUCCUCUCCCAUUUCACAGAUAUCACAGUGGCUUUGACCAAAGAAAUCAUCGACAAGCUUGUGAACCAAGGUGUUCUAUCAAAAGCAGGCACAGAUCUUUACACCAUAAUCAAGCAGAAGACAUCUGAGUUUGACUUCAUGACGGUCAAAGAGGAAAUGAAAGGCCAAGCAGCACAAGUUGGGGAUAAAUCUCCACAGGUCGAUGAUUACUUGUACAUGAAGGCUUUGUAUCAUGCCCUUCCAAUGACCUACGUGACCAUACCAAAGCUUCAGAAUGAACUUAAGGGAGAAGCUUGCAACCUAACUACGCUGCGUAAACUCAUGAACAAGAUGACCAACGAUGGUUAUCUUGAAGCAAAAGGCAGCCGCAGAUUAGGCAAGCGUGUGAUCCAUUCCUCGGUGACUGAGAAGAAGCUCACGGAAGUGAAGAAAGCCCUCCUCCAAGACGACCCAAUGGAUCUCGACACUAAUGAAAAUCAAACCAAGGCAGCAGCUCCAGCAGAACUCCCUAAAUCCGGAACGAAACAGAGAGACAAUAAUAACUCAACCUGCGGAGGUCUCCAUUCGGUCGGGUCGGAUUUGACCCGGACGAAGCUGGGAUCUGUCUGGACAGAGCAGACAGUCUCGAAGCCGAGGGAACAUGGAAACACCCCAACUAGCAAGGCUGCUGAGCCGGUUGCUUCGAGGGAGAGCGGAAAUGUGGAAUCCGUUCUCUGCAGCAGAUCUUCUCAGGACAGGAAGGGCAGGAAAUCCAGCACGAUGGAAUCGGAGAAGAAGGCGAAGAGCGGUGGUGGUGGUGGUCCGGAGCUGAAGCAUUUGGGGAUCGUGAGGUUGGCGGCGAUCAAGGCGCUGGUUACCGUCUCGAGUCUGUACGGGUACGCGAAGCAGAACUCGGGCCCGCUGAGAUCCGCCGUCGGCACCGUCGAGGGCGCCGUCUCCUCUGUCGUUUCUCCUGUCUACCAGAAGUUCAAAGGCGUUCCCGAUGAUCUCCUUGUCUUCUUCGACAGGAAGGUAGACGAGGCUUCCGCCAAGUUCGACAAGCACGCACCACCAGUAGCAAAGAAGGUAGUUGGCCAAGCCCAGUCCCUGUUCCACUCUGCAGCCGAGAAGGCUGAGAAACUUGUGAAUGAGGGCAGAACCAAAGGUCCCAAAGCCGCCUUCUGUUACACAGUGACGGAGACCAAGCACGUUGUGGUGAGCAACUCUGUGAAGGUGUACUGCAUACUGGACAGGUAUCCAUCUGUCCACUCGAUUGCGGAGUCCACUCUGCCGACUGCAGCACAGUGGUCGGAGAAGUAUAACGAGACUGUGAAGGGCUUGAGCCAGAAGGGUUACCCGCUGGUUGGUUACUUCCCUUUGGUGCCGGUUGAUGAGAUCGAGAAGGAGUUUCAGCGGGAGAAGGGCGAGGUGAAGAAAGAGGAGCAUGCAAAUGGAGGUACUAAGCAUAAGAAGGAAGGAGAUUCAUCUUCUUCAUCGGAUUCGGAUUAG